CCACCAUGGUGCUCGCCCUCAACGGCAGCCACCUCUACGGUAACCUCCGGGCCCUGGUCCUGGAGGAGCCGCGGGCGCUGAGCGGUGGCAGGAUGAUCGCCGGCUCCUGGCCCCCGCGCAGCCUGGCGAAGCUCGGCCCGUCGCCCCCCCCGUCGGCGCUGCCCACGGCGAGCCCCCAACCCGCCAACGACUCCCAGUGCGGGGAGCAGAUCCUCAGCUACGGCAGCGCGGAGAAAGUUCUCAUCGGGGCCGUGCUCUGCCUCAUCACCCUGCUGACCAUCGCCGGCAACUGCCUGGUGGUGAUCUCCGUCUGCUUCGUGAAGAAGCUGCGGCAGCCCUCCAACUAUCUCAUCGUCUCGCUGGCCCUGGCCGAUCUCUCGGUGGCCCUGGCCGUCAUGCCCUUCGUCAGCGUCACCGACCUUAUCGGAGGCGAGUGGAUCUUCGGGCGCCUCUUCUGCAACGUCUUCAUCGCCAUGGAUGUCAUGUGCUGCACGGCCUCCAUCAUGACCCUCUGUGUGAUAAGUAUCGACAGGUACCUGGGAAUAACAAGACCUCUUACAUACCCUGUAAGGCAGAAUGGGAAGUGUAUGGCCAAAAUGAUCCUGUGUGUCUGGCUUUUAUCUGCCUCUAUCACCAUUCCCCCGCUCUUCGGCUGGGCCCAGAAUGUAAAUGAUGAAAAGGUUUGUCUCAUCAGUCAAGACUUUGGCUACACCAUUUACUCCACAGCAGUUGCAUUUUACAUUCCGAUGUCAGUGAUGCUUUUCAUGUACUAUCAGAUUUAUAAAGCUGCCAGGAGGAGUGCUGCUAAACACAAGUUCACUGGUUUCCCCCGUCUGGAAGAAAUGGAAGGGAUUUCUGUGAAUGGACUUGUAAAACUGCACAAGGAAUCUGAAGAAUGUACUAAUUUUUCACGACUCCUAAAGCAUGACAAGAAAAACAUUUCCAUCUUCAAAAGAGAACAGAAGGCUGCCACCACCCUUGGGAUUAUUGUUGGGGCUUUCACAGUCUGCUGGCUGCCCUUUUUCCUCCUCUCGACUGCAAGGCCCUUCAUCUGUGGUACAGCGUGCAGCUGCAUCCCACUCUGGGUGGAGAGAACAUUUCUAUGGCUGGGCUAUGCAAACUCUCUCAUUAACCCUUUUAUAUAUGCCUUCUUCAACCGGGACCUGAGGACAACCUAUCGCAACCUGCUGCAAUGCAGAUACAGGAAUAUCAACCGCAAACUCUCAGCCGCAGGGAUGCACGAGGCUCUGAAGCUUGCAGAAAAGCCAGAAUUUGUUCUGUAAGGUCACUCAUCCUCUACUGUGGUAAUUUGUUGUUUUAUCACAUUAGCUUUUUCCCCACAGGUUUGAAAGAAGUGUGUAGGAAGAACCAGGCUGCUUGAGCACU